AUGGCCGAACAAAACGAAAGAGCAUUUCAAAAACAACCAACCGUCGUUCUUUAUUCAAAAUUAAAAAGCAAAAAAUCAAAGAAACCGUUGCGAUAUACGAGGAAUGUUGGUCUUGGUUUUAAAACACCGCGUGAGGCUAUCGAGGGGACUUAUAUUGAUAAAAAGUGUCCAUUUACUGGUAAUGUAUCGAUUCGUGGUCGAAUUUUAACCGGUGUGGUUAUUAAGACAAAAAUGCAGCGUACUAUUGUUAUUAGACGAGAUUAUUUGCAUUUUAUUAAAAAAUAUCGACGAUAUGAAAAACGUCAUCGUAAUAUGUCCGUUCAUUGUUCACCAGCAUUCAGAGAUAUAUCGCUUGGAGAUGUCGUAAUAGUUGGAGAAUGUCGUCCACUUUCAAAAACAGUCCGCUAUAACGUGUUGAAAAUUCUAAAAGCAAAGACUGCUAAGAAAGGAUUUGAAAAAUUUUGA